AUGGAAGAAUUUAAUAGCAAUUCAUAUGUUUUUGAUAUUGAUUCUUUCCAAAAAGAUUAUAUUAUUCUAAGGUAUGAUGAUUGUGAGAUAUUUACAGCAAAAUUCAAAGAAAAUUCUCAAAAAUUUGUUAUUCAAACGCGAAAGAAAGCAAUAAAUACUGAUGAUUACAUGAAGAAUCGAUCUUACAUGAUGAACAAACUAUCAAAAGCAUCAAUUCCUUACUUAUUACCGAUUUUUGGUUUCAUAAAUUCGGAAAAUCAUGCAACAAUAUAUGAAUACUCUAACUAUAAGAGCUUGUAUUUAACACUUCACUGCGAUCCAUCCCCUAUUAUUCUGUCAAGCACUCAAAAAAUGAAAAUAAUUAUUUGUAUUUUACAAAGUCUGAUAAAAUUACACGAAAAUGGAAUUGUUCAUCAAAAUAUUAGAACAGAAAGUAUACUUUUAGACACAAAUUUACUACCAAAACUCAUUGAUUGCUGUGAAAAUUUUUAUCCAGAAGCAAAUGAUACGCAAGUAGAUGAUUUUAUUGGUAGCCCUACAUGGAUAGCCCCAGAAGUAUUCAAAACACACAAAUAUACAGAAAAAUCAGAUAUUUAUUCAUUUGGAAUUUUCUUAUUUGAAAUUCUUGCUGAUCAGAAACCAUAUUCAGGCUACUCAUAUAAAUAUAUACAAGAAUUAGCACUCAAAAGCUCUCUAAAACUACCAAAAUCCGAUUUUAUUUCGCAAGAUUUUAUGAGAAUCAUUGAAAAGUGUUGUAACAUCAAUCCUGAGACACGUCCAUCAGCUACUGAUAUAUAUAAUGACAUAAUCAACAACAAAAUCUUUAUUGACGGCAUAAACGAAGAAGAAUUUUUAUUAUUUACCAAAAAUUUACAAGAAAACGCAAACCAAAGGCCAACAUUAAGAAAUAUCAGGUCAACAGAAGAAAGCAAACCAAAAAUUAAUGUUUUCCUUGAAAAUGAAAUUAAUUUUGACACAAAAACCGAUUUUUCAAGUUUUUCAAUGGAAAUUGAUGAUCCUUACAACAAAAGAUCUGUUCAAUCCAUUCAAAUUUUGUUUUCUUCAACAAAUGAAAAUAAUUUUGAAAAUAAUUUUUCAAAAAUCAGAGAAUUAUUGAAGAAAAAGAUUCCAAGAGAAACAAUGACUUUGAUUUUAUCCGAAAUCUCAUCAUUUUUGACCAGAUUUCCUCAUUUUUGUGAAAAAUUUUGUGAAAUUUGUUUUGAUUUCAUUCCUUUCUUUGAUAUUUCGUUUGCAUCAUUAACAUUAUCUAUUUUACUGUCUGUUGUCAAGCAAGUUCCUCAAUGUUUCACUCAAAAUAUUGCUUUAAUCAUCAUGAAUCAUUUUUUUAAAUUUCCAAAAGAAAUUUUGUCAAUUUUUUCAUUUUAUUCUUAUUCUUUUUGUUUUGUUGAUGAUCCUUACCCUGUUCUCGAUGUUUUUAUUAAUAAUGCGAAGCAUAUUAUAUCUUUUGUUGAUGUAACAGAGAAAUACAUUCGUAUUUUGUUCGAUUUGCAUUCGAAAUUUCCUGAAUUUCGAAGAAAAAGAGGAAAAUAUUUAUUCCAAAUUUAUUUUUCACUUUUAUUUGUUUGUGAUGUCAGAACUGUUCGUCAUUCAUUAAGUUGUUUAUCUAUAUUGUCUGAUAAUGUGUUUUUACAAGAUGUUGUUGUUAGAUUGUUGGAAAAUCCUUUGACAAGAAAGAAUUCUUUAAAUUUUCUUAUUGUUUUUUGCGAAAAUCUUGAAUUUAAUCAAAUUUUAUUUGAUUCUUUGAUAGAAAAUAUCAAAUAUGAAACAUCUGUAUUGAUACUAUGCAAGCUAUUAGAAAAAGGUAAUUAUAAAUUCGUUGUUUCUGAUACGAAAUGGUUAUUGAAUAACAAACAAACAACAGAAAACAUUUAUAAAGUGUUUUUACUUUUGAUUUCGAAGCAAAAUGAAAGAGAAAUCAUUAUAAAGUCUCCGGAUUUCGUACCGUUUUUAAAUAGACUUUGUACAACGAAUAAUGAUGAAAUACUUUAUCAGAUAUCUGUUCUUCUUCAGAGAUUUUUGAAUGAAGAAAUCAUUGAACAACUUAGAAUUAAUCAUUUUGUUGAUAGAUUUGUUUCUUUGACUGCGAAAUGUAAUGAAGAACGAAUCGUUCUAUCUUGUCUUCAGUUUAUUUGUUGUUUGGAAGAACAUUCUAUUGGUAAUGAGUUUCAUUCUAUUUGUUCUAAUUUCAAAGUUUGGUUUUCGAAUGAAAAAUCAAUUGUAAGAAAACAAACAAUGAAAAUUGCUCUGAUUUUUGCAAAUGAUCAAAAAUACAGAGAACAAAUGAAUAACUACAAGAUUUUGGAUCUUAUGAAAGAUGUUCACACUGAUGAUGAAUCUGAAAAAGAAUGUGUCAACCAAUUUCUUUCUUUGUUUGAAUAA